GGCGCAGACAUUUUUCUCAUUCGAAAGUUACACACACGUGCGGUUUUGUCAGCAGAUACGUAUGGAAUAAGUGUAUUUUGCCCUGUUACUUUGUGCUGUGGAGUUGUCCGUGUAAGCAGUGAAAUUUUUGUGUCCAACAUGAUUUUUCAGUGUCAUGUGUGCGAUAAAGUCUAUCCUAAAAAAGGAAAUUUGAAUAGACACCUGUUAGAGGUUCAUGGACUGCAAAUAGAGCAGAAAAAAUUGUUUGUGUGCGCCCUGUGUAAUGAAAGAAGUACUUCUGAAAAGUGCCUGUUUGAACAUUUGCGGUCGGCACAUGAGGUAGAAGUGAAAUGUGAAAUAUUACAUUUCAGCACCGCUGAUGAAUUUCAGAAGUGGAAGGAGGAAACUGAGCAGACAACGCUCUCAAAGUUCGUCAAACGUCGUGGUUCCCAUGCUAAGGUUGAUUCAGAAGUUGUUUCUUAUAUUUGUCACCGGUCUGGUAAGUUUGUGUCUAGAGGAAAAAACGUGCGAUGUCUUAAAUUGCAAGGUAGUAGUAAGAUUGAUGCACUGUGCCCUGCUAAGAUGAGAGUAGAUAUGAAAAAGAAUGGAACCUGCUGUGUGAAAUAUGUUUCAACCCAUGUUGGCCACAAAUCCGAGUUAUGCCAUCUGCAACUAACAAAAAGAGAAAGGGAAAGUAUUGCUGCAGAUAUAGCAAGUGGCAUACCAUUCUCUGUCAUAUUAGACAAAAUUCGAGAUACAGUUGUAGAUUCGAACUUGGAAAGGAUACAUUUGAUUACGAGACAGGAUCUACAUAAUAUAGAUCAGUCUUAUAAUUUGUCCUUCAAGUCAAUAAGACACCAUAAUGAUGCAAUAAGUGUAGAAGCAUGGGUAAAUGAAGUAAAUGGUGGAGACAGUCCUUGUGUGCUUUUCUAUAAACCACAGGAUGUAGUCCUUGAUUCGUACCCACAAUUAAAGCGCUCUGAUUUUGCAUUGAUAAUUUUGAACAAUGCUCAAGGCGAGAUAUUAAAGAAAUAUGGGAACGACUGCGUUUGUGUUGAUGGGACACAUGGUCUUAAUGGAUAUAAUUUUGAACUUAUAACUCUACUAGUGCUAGACGAUCUAAGACAAGGGUUUCCAUGCGCGUUUCUAAUAUCUAACAGGAAUGACUCCCAGAUGCUGUCCAUAUUUUUCCAGCACAUAAAGAGGCAGGUUGGAUCAAUUUCGCCAAAUGUUUUUAUGUCGGAUUUGGCCGAGUCUUUCUUUAUUGCAUGGAAUGAUGUCAUGGCAGCUCCAUCUAUGCGACUUUAUUGUACAUGGCAUGUUGAUAGAUGUUGGAGGAAGAAUAUCAAAUGUAAGAUUCAAGGUGUAGAAAAACAAGGUGAAGUAUACAAGCAAAUCAGAACUUUGAUGCAUGAGCAGGAUGUAGAUUCAUUUGAUGAGAUGUUAAAUAUUGUGCUAGAGAGAUUGGAAUGUGAUCCUGAUACAGUUCAAUUUGCCACAUACUUCCGAGACAACUAUGUUGGGAAUGCAAAUUCUUGGGCAUAUUGCCAUAGAUUGAAUGCUGGAAUCAAUACCAACAUGCAUAUAGAAAGAAUGCAUCGCACUAUUAAAUAUAUAUAUCUAGGUAGUAAAUGUGUCAAGCGUUUGGACAAAGCUAUUUUUGCAUUGAUGUCAUUUGUGAAGCACAAGCUGUUUGACAGGCUUAUUGUGCUAAAUAAAGGUAAACUGACGAGUAAACUUAAGGACAUUCGGCUUCGGCAUAAAUCAGGGAAUAAUAUUAAGGAGGAUUUCAUUACUAUGGAGUUUUCUGGUUGGAAAGUGCGUUCUUCUUCAAGAAGGUCAACAGAUUAUUUUGUAUAUGAUAAUGACUUUCAGUGCAACUGCAGAUUGAUGUGCAUUAAAUGCAGGGCUUGCAUUCAUAGGUAUUCUUGUACAUGUAUUGACUAUACCAUCAAAUGGAAUAUGUGUAAGCACAUACAUAGUGUUUGCCAGAUUCAGUUAAAGCAGCAACCUUCUGAACACCUAAGAAAUAGUGAAGUUACACUUACUGAGAGUGAAGAUAUUUCUGUUGUAGACGAGAAAACAGAAAUACUAGCGGAGGUAACGAAAAAAAGUGUUAAUGAUUCUGUACCUUUGUCAGUCCAAAGAAGGGAACUUAUCGCAGAGUUUUCUGGUAUUGUAUCUGAGCUGACCUCAAAUGACUUAGAAACUGCUAAAAAAAUGUUAUCGUCACUAAAGGCAACUGUAGCUGUCGGAAUGUUGCAGCAAAAACAGGCACCGCUGCAGAUAGAAAGGAAACAAUCACAAAAGAUUUUACCUCAACGUAGACUGUACUCUACAAAGAAAAACAAAAGGAGUAAUAAUGCAUCCCUGGUGCUACCAAAUUCAGAAGAAUCCAGUUUGAUCAAAUUAUCUCUACUGGCAGACAAAGAAGAUGCACUUGUGGGAAAAGGUUCAGCUGUUAAAAAGCAACCAACAAUAAAAAAUACAGAGGGUGUAGCAGGUCCAUUCCCCAUUACAGCAUGUGCCCUACAGCACAGCCCGACGAAUCGCUCAACCCCCAUGAUUCAGCCAAUAGCAAAACAGGCUGAGGUGGUAUCUAGUCCGUCUCUCGCUACAUCGUAUGUGCUGAAACACAGCCCGAGGAAUAGCUCAACUUCCACAAUUCAACCAAUACCAAAACAGGCUGUGGUGGUACCACAUCCAUCCAUCGGUACAGUGCGUGUGUUGCUACACAGCUCAACAAAUGGUGCUGUUCUCCCACAUAUAAACCAGUGACAGGGCAGGAUAAGAUGGUAUCAGUGCCUUCCCUUACUACAGCGCAUGUUCUGCAACACGGCUAUGGAAUGCAACCUGUGAUGCCAGGAAACUCACAGAUAAACUAAAUCAUGUGCCAGAUGUCGAGCACCAUUGUGUUUGGAAGUUCCAUUGUUCUGUGUGCGAACAGUUUUGGAAGUUUGGAUGAAUCAAGUUUCUGAAACUGACUGGAAAGAAACUUAAUUUUCAAAAACUAAGAUUUUAUUGCAAUUCAUGAUACUGUGAAAUAUUUUUAUAAUUGCUGUACAUUCAGCUAAAAGUUACAGUAAAAUUUUCUUGUAAGUUAUGCCUGCAGAAACUUUUGUACUGAAUUUAAUCUUUUCUUUUGGUUUAUAAUUUUGAUUUAAAAUCUAUUUUCUGUUUAUAUAUGAAGUUUCAAUUGUGUAUCUUAAUAUUUGUAGCUGAUGUGUAGAAUAUUUGAAAACUUUUUUUUCAC